GGGAGCGAGAGAGGAGGGAGGAAAGAGAUGGGGGUUGUCAGCAAGCAUCAGACAGAGUCUUGACUAAAGUAGUGGGUAAAGAGUUUCGACUCUGGAAUGACGCACAUCGUGCCUUGUACCAGAAAUGCGGAAGAAUUAGAGGCCCCCUCUGCAAGUGUCAACCUCUCCCCGGCAGAGCGAGCAGACGGCACAGCAGAAAGCAAUGCGUUUCUCGAGGAGUGCUUUUGUCUUCCCCUCUCUGUUUUUUUGUUUCUUAAGCUUCUAAAGUUGAAGUGGAUUUCGAGAGCGACGACAGCCAAGAAAUCUGCAGUCACACUGCUACUUUUCCCCCCCCACCGAGCUUUUCCUGCGUAGAAAUUUGACGAAACUGGAUGAUUACAGCCUUUUACGAUCUGUUUCUCUCUGCGUUUGUUUAAGCGUUUCUCUCCCUCUCUUUGGUAAAUGUUGCUAAACAGCUGACGGUUUGCUGUAGACAGCCCGAGGAUAUGAGCCUGCAUUUUUGUUAUCUUUUUCCACAACAAGACCGGUUUCCUGCCACAGUGCCUGUAGCUUUCUCCUGAUGGCUGCAGAUAAUUGGAAGCCGCAGUCUGCUGUCUAAGCCACAGUGUUUUGGUUUUCUUUUCUUUUGCGUCUUGCACCUGGGACCUGCCGACAGAAAAUAAAGCGGAAAAAGGAGCUUCGGAAGAACGAGGCACGAGAGUUAACUGUAGCGUUUCUUCACCGGAUCGACCCCUAGGCAGAGUGGAAUGCAUUGAGUACAGAAGUUGAGGUGCUUUGGCUGCAUACAUGCUAUUAUCCACAGGAUCUGAUUAUGUCCAGUGAUCGCCUCAACGAUACAACAUUGAACGAUGCUGGAUUAAACGAUCUUUUCUUAGUGAAAGCUGAGCUGGAGUUUGUCCAGAUAAUCCUCAUAAUUGUGGUCAUAACAGUGAUGGUCGUGGUGAUUAUAUGUCUUCUGAAUCACUAUAAACUAUCGACGUGGUCCUUCAUUAACAGACAAAGCCAAAGCAGAAGACAAGAGGAGACAUUACAACCAGAGGCGUGUUUGUGGCCUUCAGAUAGCAUGGUAUCACGACAAGGUGGUUCAGAGAUCAUGUAUGCACCAAGGUCAAGAGAGCGAUUCACAGCACCUUCCUUUAUGCAGAGAGACCGUUUUAGCCGCUUCCAGCCAACUUAUCCUUAUGUACAGCACGAGAUUGACCUUCCACCCACCAUCUCUCUCUCUGAUGGGGAAGAGCCUCCGCCCUACCAGGGGCCGUGCACGCUGCAGUUGCGGGACCCAGAGCAGCAAAUGGAACUGAACCGAGAAUCAGUCAGAGCACCUCCAAACAGAACCAUUUUUGACAGCGAUUUAAUAGAUAUUUCAAUGUACAAUGGGGGACCUUGCCCUCCGAGCAGCAAUUCGGGUAUCAGUGCAACCAGCUACAGCAGCAAUGGCAGAAUGGAAGGCCCCCCGCCAACAUACAAUGAAGUUAUGGGACAUUAUCCAGGGUCAUCUUAUUUCCACCACCAGCAAAAUAACUCAUCUCCUUCAUCUCAAAGAGGUAGACUUCAUUUUCAAAAGAACGCUUCAGAGAGCACAAUAGUUUCAGUAAACGGAAAAGACAAGCCGCAAGGGGACCUCGUCUGAAUCCUUAUGUACCUGAAGCCAAGGAAAUAGUGAUCAAAGUACACCCGCUGCCUCCUGAGCCCAGGGAUAGAGAGCGGAUCAGUUUCCAGUGGUACAAUUUAGUUAAACCAAAUGCAUAUUUUACUGUAUGUUCAUUCGGAUAGCAUUCGGACACACUUCCUUUCUGUUGGACCUAGAAUAGUUGUUAAGGAGGAUUUUUUUUUUAUCUUACCAUAUUUCAGUUAUUUAAAGGCACAAAACUCAAGCUUGCAGAGCCUCUUUUUAUAUUUGCAUAUGGCAGUGACACAAAAGUGUUAAUUUACCAAGUGAAUGAUUCGGAAGAUGGCCAGUUUUUUUUUUUCUUUUCUUCUGAUGGCGACAAUUUAAGUGUUAAUUAUUUUCUAUUAAUCCAUAUUCCUUUUUAUUGAGUGCCAAUGUAUGAAGUUGGAUGGAUUAGGUGAAUGCAAGGUGUGAAUGCAAUAAGCCAUGUUUAGGGAGAGUAGAGAAGUUGCACUAACUAAUUGUGAUGUUUAUGAGGGAAUGUUGUUUUUUUAUUGUGAAAAUACUGGUUUGUGAACUGCCCAGUUUUAAAGAACUUGCAAACACACAAUGGUUUGUUUUCCUUGGGGUACAAGGUUCCCCAUAUGCACUAUACCUAGGCAGGGCAACAGCAGUUAUCUGAUUGUUUUGGGGCUAGAAGUUCUAGUAUUCCCAGUAAGGAUACUUAGGAACUCUUCAGGAUUAACCUGGAGUCUCCAAGUGAAGCAUUGCUCUCCUUGCAACUUCGGGUCACCUUCCUUUUUACCCCUGGGCAGGGAUGUGACAUUUGGCCAUGCCCACUUCCCAUCAUACUACUAGCUAAUUUAAGGAUAUCUGCACCCCUCAUGUUGCUACCCCGAUCCCAACACAAAGCUGCUCCCAUUACCCUUGGAAGUUCCCAGGUCUGCCAGUCAGCCUUUAAGGAGUUGUAGCCUAAUGGCCAGAGGACUGUUUUUACCCUGCCCAGCUUAGUGGACUCCUGUAACUAAUUGUAAAAGGUGCCAUUUCCUACUUUGACCAACAAAGCCCAAAAAUCUCCAUCAUAGUUUUCCUGAUAUGAGUUUUUGGGUGGAAGAUGGCUAUUUUUGAGUAUUUUGGUUCUGACAUUUCAUAUACUGUACAUAUUUAUUAUACAACUAGAACGUGAUUGGUUAUGUUCCCAAUAAUUGUUUUUAAGGUAAAACUGCACUUCAGUGAACUCCAGAACUUCCAUAAUAACCGUGUUGACCUCAUACAUAUUUUGGUCAACAGUGCUGUUUGCUCGAUUGCGCCUAUUACUAAACCUCUGGACAAUUCAUAAUGACUUUGGUACACUCAUUGUGUGCUUUAACAAAGCUGAUCUUCUCAUCAUCUCAUUUUAGAAACCUGAUUAUAUGUUUUAGGAACCGUCUAAUGGACAGAGGCAUUGAAUAAAUAUCCAGAAUCUUAAUUUUGAAGAUGUCUAUGGAUACACAGAAUAUUAUUGUGAACACUCAAUAUAAUGUGUGACCACGUGCAAAUCUCUUCUAAUUUUAUAAUGUAUUUUUAUAAUCUAGUAUGUUAUUGCAUUAAAACCAAGUUACAAAACAA